UUUAAUAGCCUAGAAAGACACAAGGUGUCGAUUUUGCAUCAAAUUUGUUAUAUGCAUAUGGUCUAAGCCAUGGAAAACACAAGCAGCCAAAAAUUCCUAGUUUUUCAUAGUUUGGAACAUGUCCAUGUAAAGACUGAAAAAGAGUUUGAUAUUUUAAAACCGGAGUUGGCAUUUUAUUGAUUAGAUAGACAGUUGUAGCAAAAGCAUAUGUCCAAAACGAUCUAGGCAUUGAUGCAUGGGAUAACAGAGCAAGACUAGUUUCGACUAUAUGUCGAUGUCAGCGCUCCGAUAUACCAUUAUGUGCAGGAGUAUGCGGCGGAUUUAUCAUAUGAGAAAUGCCAUGAGAUCAGUGGCGGAGGGAGAAAUUUGUUUUACAUGGGUCAUAAUUAAAUUAUUAUAGAUAGAAAGAGAUGUGCAUAAGACUUGAACUCAGAACAUAGGAGUCAAGAAAGAAAAUUUAAUCAUCUGACUACAACAAUUACAUAUAAACUAAGCCUAAAGUUCAUAAUUUAUAUAUUUCACAUGGGUCAACUGACCCCCCUCACAUUUAAGGGGCUCCGCCACUGCCUGAGAUGCUAGAAAAGUUGUUAAAGCUAUAUAUUCAACCCAUUGUCAGUAUAUAGAGUUCUAAGUUUGGUUUAAAUCAAUUUUCAGCCAAGAUUUUGAGCCUAGUAAACACAUCAAACACUUUGGAUUUUUGGUUUAAUGGAUAUAACCAUGUAUAGCGAGUAAAAUGAUCUACAAAUAUAUCAUAAUAUUUGAAACCAUCUUCUGAAAUUAUUGUAGAUGUCCAAACAUCUGAAAAUACUAUAUUAAGAGGAGAAGAAGAUUGUAAAGUUGAGUUUUGAAAGGGCAACUUGUGCAUUUUAUUAAUAGAGCAAGAAGUGCAUGGAGAAACCAUUAAAACACUAGAUGUAACAGGUAAUUGAAAAACUGAAACUAGUUUUUGAAGAAUUGGAAAAGCAGGAUGACUAAGAUGCGAGUGACAAUCAGACAUAGUGGUCUUGACAGCUGAAGCAAAAGCAAGAGAAGGAGGUUUAGAGGUUUUUUAAAGUGGUCAUUCAUAGGUACCAUCUUUAGAUUUCCCCUCAAGACGUAGAGCCCCCGUCUACAAGUCUCUGAUCUGAAAGUAUGUGGGAGUAAAAGUAACAGCAACCUUAUUAGUCGAGCAUAAUUGAAACACAAAGAUUAAAUUCUUUUGUAGUGACGGGACACAUAAGACACUAUUAAGAAAGAAAGGUCUAGUAUAAGAGGGUAGAGAUAAAGAACCAGUGUGGGAGAUGUUGAAGCCUUACCCAUCACCGCAUAAGAAACCAUCACCUCCACUGUAUGGAUUGUGCAGAGACAGAUUGGCCAAGUCAGAUGUCAUGUGGUGAGAGGCGCCACUAUCAAACAGCCAUGUAGAGGCAUCAAACAUGAUAGGUUGGUUCAUUUGAGAUCUUUGGAGAUAUUCUCUAAUAAAUUGAACUAUGUGUAUUCUCUAAUAAAUUGAGCUAUGUGUCAACGUAUAAUUGAUUGGAUCUUUUAAAUAAAAUAAAAAUUAAUUAUGUUUUGAAAAUGUAUUAAGAUAAUAUUAUUUUGUAUUUGAGAUACCCGUUUGAAGAUACUACUCAUUAAGGUGGCACUUAAAAAAACCAAUAUGAUAGUUUCUAAAAGUCAGUAUCUAAUAAUAAUAAUAUUAUUAUUUUAUUUUAAAGCAAUUUUAUAAUUAAAAUUUAUUUUCUUUCUAAAAAAUUUUGUGGUUCACAACAUUACUCAUAGGGGUUUUUUUCAGACUCUAUUUUAAGAACUUUAUCAUACAUUAUCUAUUCUUUUUUAUUAUCUUAUUUUUUUAAUUCAGAGAACUCCAUUGAAAUAUACUCAUUGGAGAGUCUUUAAAUAUUUAGGAUCUACCAGCAAUGUAACUUAACAAUGUAUCAUUUUUCUUUGAAUAAAUAGAUUUCAGUGGGAAAAAAGAGAGGUUGUUCUUGUGGUCAAUUUACAAAGAUUUUCUUUUGUAAGAGUAUUUGGGAUUUUUUGGUGAACAAAGAAAAUACUAAUUGGGAUUUUAUGCUUCAAAUAUCUGGUUUAAAGAAGCAAUCUCCAAAUUCUCUUUCAUCUCGCGGCUGCCUAUGCUUCAAAGUUAAAUGUGAAUUUGUUUUAUUGUGUUUCUUAUGGUGAGGUCGUGGACAAACGAAGGCCAUGUCAAUUAUUUUUUACUUUUUCUUACAAUAUAUAUAUAUAUAUAUAUAUAUAUCACACGUAUUUGGAACGAAGAUUUAGUCGUUGGUCAAAUAGUUGUAUAGUCAACGUUUCAAUUAUACAAGCUGGGAUAAUCUGCAAACAUUCUUCCCAUGUCAUGUGCUCUAGUCACCAAUUUGCCCAUUCAUCAUGCCUUGCACAACCAUACAUUAUUAUUAUAUUUAUGUUACCAAAACAGCUGAAGACUGAAGUUGUCUAUAGGAUUAAUACUGGCAUUACUUCUUUGGAAAAUAACAACAUAAUGACAUAUUUUUUUCUAUAUAGAUCAGAUCUGGACAGACAAAAAUACUCCUCGGAGAAUCGGUUCGUCUGCCACCAGUUGAUCUAGUUGACAUGGGUAACCAAAAUAAAUAAAUAACUUAGUUAUAAAAUAUUUUAAUUCCUGUUGAAGAAUCUUGAAUCAUAAACUACUACCGCUGGAUAAAUAUCAACUUUUGUCAUUGAUUAUAGUUUCGAUUAGGUGCAUCUUGUUUGUAUUUACAUAUUUCUUAAUCUGAUAGUUUAAUAAUGUAUUUAGAAUCUUUUGGUAUGUUUUGUAUGAUGUCCAUAAAUAGACAUGUUGUCGUAACUUCUCUCUAAAUCAAAACUAAUAAAGCCAACUGCAUUCUUUUGAAAUACAGACCAGUAUCCAUGGCAUUUUAGAAACCGGACCUAAUUUAGACACAAUAUUCUAUACUCGUAGUAAACCGGCCUCUAAUUGAAAUGCUUUUUUGGUCUUGUAUGGCCGACUUGCUUUUUCUUUUAGUAUGACACACUAUUAAAUAUGGGUUGUAUCCAUCUGAGCAUAUUAAAUUGUAGUUUCUUGUCACUAUAAUCUGAUAAUAGCAAAUUUAAUAAUCAGUUCGUGUAGAUAAUGAUUCACUCUAUAAUUAUUUCUGCAUAUGAAAUGGCAGAUACGUAACAAGUAUCUACAGAAUAAAUUUGGGGUUAAAACUGAAUAUUGCUUUAUGUUUUGGGUAAAAUGAAAAAAAAACAUAAAAUUACAAUUUAGCCCACAUUAUUCGGGAAACCCUAUUUACUCGUGUGCCUUUGGUCGUCUUAAAUCAGUUCUCGUUGUGAUCGUAUUAAAUUAUUUGCUCACUCAUUGGAGAUGAAGAUUUUGCACAACAACAACUCGAUUUCAUCUCACCUCUGACAACCCCAGGAGUUGAAGUCAAAAAUCUCUUACAACAAUCUCCCAGAUUCGUCUUUUGUGUUUCUUCUUGUUGUUCAUAAUUACUGCCAUGGGAGAGAACGGAAGACACAGGUGGUUCUCCUUCCACCACCACCGCUCAGCUUCCGCCACGUCUAUGCCACAAAAUAAUCCCGGCGAAACUCCGACUGAAUUCCUCUGUCCAAUCACCGGAUUUCUAAUGUCCGACCCCGUCGUCGUAGCAUCGGGGCAGACAUUUGAGCGUAUCUCCGUCCAAGUUUGCCGGAAUCUCGGGUUCGCGCCGAAGCUCCACGACGGAAGUCAACCCGAUUUGUCAACGGUAAUCCCUAACCUCGCCAUGAAAUCAACAAUUCUCAGCUGGUGUAAUCGGAAGAAAGUGGAGCAUCCACGGCCUCCUGAUUACGCCUACGUCGAAGGUGUGGUUCGUGCCCGUAUGGAUAAAGAACCCGGUACGGGUAACCGGGUCGCAAGAUCGGAGAUUUUGCCUCCCGUGGCUGAGAAUUCGCCGUCGGAUUACGACUCCGUCAUGGGAGCGAUUCGAGCUCGGUCAAGAAACUCGAUAUCGUCGUCUACCUCCCUUCCUCUUCACCAUCACCGACCAGUGACUUAUUCAUCGUCAUCAGAAGUUUUCGCCGGAGCUGAGAAUCCAAACCCGAUCCAAAGCUCAUUCUCUACCUCCGAUUACUCAUCUUUCCCUCCGAUGUCAGAAGAAGAGGAGGAGAUUUACAACAAACUGAGAAGCGCAAACACUGUUGACCAUGAGCAAGGUCUAAUUCUUCUCAGGAAGACGACGAGAUCCAGCGAAAGCUCGAGGAUUUCGCUCUGCACUGAACGGCUCCUCUCCUUGCUCCGGUCACUGAUCGUGUCACGUUACAACAUCGUUCAGACCAACGCCGCCGCGUCGCUGGUCAACCUCUCGCUAGAGAAGCCCAACAAGUUGAAGAUCGUACGGUCUGGAUUCGUUCCUCUAUUGAUCGAUGUUCUGAAGUCGGGAUCAACGGAGGCGCAAGAGCAUGUCAUCGGCGCUUUGUUCAGUUUAGCGGUUGAGGAGGAGAACAAGAUGGUGAUCGGAGUUCUAGGCGCGGUGGAGCCGCUGCUUCACGCUUUGAGAUCAUCAGAGAGCGAAAGAGCGCGUCAAGACGCAGCUCUUGCUCUUUACCACUUGUCGUUGAUACCGAACAACCGAACCAGGCUGGUCCGAGCUGGGGCAGUGCCGAUUAUGCUGUCGAUGUUGAGGUCCGGCGAAUCGGCGAGCAGGAUUCUUUUAUUGCUGUGUAACCUCGCGGCUUGUUCGGAGGGGAAAGGAGCGAUGCUUGAUGGAAAUGCAGUGGCUAUACUUGUUGGGAAGCUUCGAGAAGGUGGAGCUGACUCAGAGGCGGCGCGUGAGAAUUGCGUGGGGGCUUUGUUGACGCUAAGUGUUGGAAACAUGAGGUUUAGGGGAUUGGCGAGUGAGGCUGGAGCGGAGGCGAUUAUGACGGAUAUUGUGGAGAGUGAGGGUGGAAGCGAGCGGUUGAAGGAGAAGGCGGGGAAGAUUCUGCAGGCAAUCAGAGGCGGAGAGAGGGAGUUUGGAGAAGGUGCGGAGGCGCGUGAGUGGAACCGGAUGUUGGAAGCGAGUGGGCUAAGUCGUUCUCAGUUUCAAGGAGGACAAAAAGAAGGUUUCGCUUAUUCUUCUCAAUUUUAACGUAAUUCAAACCCUUUUUAAUGUUUUUUAUUGGUACAAAUAUUCUUUUCCAAGGUUUUUUCUCACUCUUUACAUUUUUUUUUCGUUUUACGAUGUAUACUCUUGAACAAAGAGAGGUGACAAUUAUUUUGGGAGUGAAUUUGUAAUAUUUUGAUUGGUUUUUUUACAAUGAAAACGACAACAAAGGUUGCUCAAAAAAAAAACGACAACAAAGGUAAAAAAUGUGCGUUCGUUUGCUCGUGUUUCAUAUGCAAGGCCUAGUCGUGGAGGACUAAAACAAAAGUCGUCUCAAUUAUUGGUAGUUUUAUUCUUAUUAAUAUACACACGGAUUCAAACGUGGAACUAGUCGUUAGUCAAAUAGUUGUAUUGUCAACGUUUCAAGUUGGAAUAAUCUGCAUACAUUAUUUGCCUGAUGUCAUGUGCUCCAGUCACCAAUUUGGCAUUCAUCAUGCCUGCACAACCAUACAUUCUUUUCUUCUUCUUUUUCACAUAUGUUACCACAAUAGCUGAAGACUGAACUUGUCUAAAGGAUAAAUACUUGUUGCAAACAGUGGAAAACCAUAUACGAAUUUGGUGCUGAACAAUCUUGAAUUGUUAACUCAAUCUAUAUUGCUGGAUAAAUAUCAAUUCUCGCAUUGAUUUUUUAAAUUAACUAGUUACAUUUUUAAGUAGUUACAUUUGUGCUUUAUUUGUUACCUAAUCUGAUCGUUAUUGUGCAUUAAUACUCUUUUGGUAUGCUUUUGUAAUUGUUCAUAAAAUCGUAGAAAUGUGUCUUUCCUUUUGUCUGACUUCUUUCUGAUCAUAACUACAAAAAAAUGCAACAAUAUAGAAGCCCAAAAAGCACACCACUGUCCGUGGGAUAUUCUACAGAACCGGACUAAAUUAGAGACAUAAUAUUCACUAUUCAGAGUAAACCGACCCAUCUUCCACCAAAAUUUUUGGGAGACAGUUACACAAGAAGACACAUUGUGUGUUUGUUUCUCGGUGGAAGACACAAUGUGAAUUUGGCACACAUUCCUUCCACUUUAUCUCGCCAGCUGUCCUUUAUUGUCCAGAACUACCCUUGGUUAUUGUAAAGAUAGUGUUAGCUUUUUAGAAGUCUUGUUUCUUUCUUUGUAACUAUAUUACAGUUCAGUUGUAAUAAAUGUAAAGGUAUAUUGGAUACAGCUAAUGGGUUUUAUGUUGGAUGGUGCAGUCGUGGAUGGAAGAUAUGUGACGUGUGGACGAGGCUUCAUGGACAAAUUUUCGUGGACGAGGUUUUUAAUCUUACAAGAGUUUCGUAGACUAGAUUUCAUGGACGAAGUCUUGUGGAUGGUUUUAGUGGAUUAUAAGUUCAUCAUUUUCAUAAAAGAUGAUCAAACUUUUCUUUCAUAUAUAAUAAAUUUAAGUGGACACACUAUCGUGGACAAUAUAUUGUGGACACUGCAAUUUGAAAGAAUGUAUUGUGACGGUGCAAUUCGAAAGAAUGAGUGAUGGACGGUGUUAGUUAUGGAUGGUGCGUAUGUGGAAGUGUAUGUGCAAUUUGAAAGAAUGAGUUAUGGAUGGUGCUAGUUAUGGAUGGUGUGUAUGUGGAAGUGUAUGUUGGUUCGUAUAGAUAAUGACCAUGAUCUACUAAAACAACUAACCAUUUAAAACAAUAACAUUGAAAAGAAAGACACACUGAUUAGUUCCUUUAAAAGAGAAAAACAACAAAUAAUCAUUUAGGACAACAUGCUCAAAACAAUUUAACACUGAUGAAGUAGUUCUUGAUACAACAAAACAUAUAUUGAUGAAGUUUUUCCUAGUCUAGGUGUGUGUGUGGACAAGAGAGGUGUGGACUGCGAAGUUGGAGAUAGACGAGUUGUGGACAGGGGAUGUGUGUACGUGGAUGCCUUCGACAAAGGCGUGGACAGGAAGAUUGUGGGAGACAGAUCUGUGGAGUUGAGCAGCAUAUUGAAUAUUGUGAACUGUCCCAGACUUUUGUAUAGUGCCAAUUAGAUACCAAACAUGGAAGCUACCAACUUAACUUCAAAUGUAACAUUGGUUUCAAUAGUUAAUGGAUACAACAUAGACCAAUCAAGCACAUGAAAGAACAGAGUAAUAAAAGUAAUACCUUGGAAGUGAACUCCAUAGUUCAUGUCUGAACAACAUUAGCAACAGAUGCAACAACAAGAGACUAUUUUCCAAACCCUUAUUUGCUUACAAACAGAGAGAAGUCACACUUAACUCAAAAUAUACCACCGUUUAGAUAAUAGUUACCUCACACACAUA